AGCAGCCUAGAGCGGUAGAGCCUACCAGUCUCUACAAUCCACGGACUGGACAGUUUCUACUUCCUAAGUUCCUAGACAGUUCGAUAAAAAUCAGAGAGUGAUUUAUGUAGGCAAACAUAGAUUAUUGAUAGUUUUGUCUUUUGUGGGUUGUUAACAAAAAAAAAUGUCAACACCUGAUAUUAUAAAGCAAGAAGUAACAUGUAGAAGUGAAAUGGAAGAGGUUGAUGUUAAGCCCGUCUUGGUUAUGUCGAAGAAACUUUCCAAGCUCCAUUGUCAAGAAGGUAUUCCUGAUUCAUUGAACACUGAAUCAGAACAAUGGAUUCUUCAAAUUGAUUGGAGACGAAAAUGUCUUAGUUCACUGCCGGAAUAUCUUCAAAAAUAUCAGUUUUGUACUUCAUUGAACCUAUCAGAAAACAAUUUGGAGGGUGGCAUUGAUUGGUUGAUUCAUUUGAAAAGACUUAAGUUACUGGAUUUAUCAAGAAAUAAGUUUUCCAAAAUAACAGAUGUAUGUGGAAGUGUUUCUACAUUAGAAUAUUUGGAUCUCAGCCAUAAUCAAUUGAGAGAACUACCUGAAUGGAUUUUAUUGUUGGAAAAAGUUCGUAACCUGAAUCUCAGUUGCAAUCCACUAGAAAAAUCAUUUCAUGCCCAUUUAAAGACAGCAAAAUGGAAAAGCAUAGAAAUUUGCAACUUAGAAAAUGUAAAUUUAGUUUCUAUUCCAGACUGCAUUCAGUCAGCGUAUAGUCUCAAGGAACUGUAUCUUGGUAAUGUGAAUGCAAACACUUGUUUACACAAGUCAUCAUUCUAUGGAAGUAACAAUACUCUUUGGAAAAUCCCCGAGUUGCUGCCAUCUUCACUUUCCAUACUUGAUCUCAGUAAUGUACAGUUGUCCAACUUUGAGUAUGAAUGGAACAAUCUACCAAACCUAAAGGAAAUGAGGGCCAGAGGAAAUGAUCUAUUCUGGCCUUCUGAAAAUUUCACUGUGUUGGAAAUGCUUGAAACUUGUGAUCUCAGUUCAUGUAAAAUGGUUCUAUUGCCCAAAGAUUUUGGAUGUCUCAAAAACCUUUGCUUUAUAAAUUUGUCAUUCAACAAGUUAACUAUGCUUCCAAAAUCUUUUGAACAGUUUCAUAGCUUGAAUCAUUUAGAUCUCUAUCAUGCUGGAAUUGAAACCAUUGAAUGCAACUUAGCCAGUCUACCUAGGUUAGUGAAGUGUGAUUUAUGGAUGAACUUAGUUGAACCUAGUGAAUUUCUUCCGAAUCAUUCUAACUUAUGCAGCAAUCUCCGCGGAUCUCUUUUUCUCGGCGAAAAAGAGAUUCGGAUCGACGAACGAAUUAGCCCGUCUAUCGCUUCUGAAGACGACAGGGAUCAUAGUGAAGAAUCUGAUGAGGGAAUCAACGAUUCGCGUGAAAUAACUGCGUCAACCACAGGAACUGGAAUUGAAGAAUCAUGGGACGAUGAAGUAUUUUCUGAUUAUGAAGCUGAUGAAUUCCAACUGGCGGGUCCACCUGUUUUGAAAUCUGAUGUUUUAAAUAGCAAUGGGGUUGAAAAUCAUUUUAACCUGCCUUCUCAGUUACACGCGUCGUCAUGUAGUCUAAAGCCUAGUCGUUUCGGAACUAUCCAAGGUCAAUUUGACGAUGUCGAUUAAAAUAAAGAGUGACUCGAUAUAAA